UGCAGCAGGGCAGUAAAGGGGCAACGUUGGGCCUGACAGUGGGAGGACACUAGUAAAACCUACUGUCAAGAUCAUAACCCCACUCCUCUUCCUGUCAGGCAGCGGUCUGCUCCGCAGAUAAUCACAUCACAGGGAGAAGAACACAAACCCAGCUCAACAUUAUCGUCUAUCCAUUUUCUGUCUUUUUGACCGGUGUUUUCAAAGCUAGUUUUCAGGAUGAUGCCCCACAUGCAGACAACGAUUGAGUACAAUAACGGCUAUGUACAGGAGCAGGAUUACACCAUGCAGGAGGAUGAGUGGGACAGGGAUCUGCUUCUGGACCCAGCAUGGGAGAAACAGCAGCGAAAGACCUUCACAGCAUGGUGUAACUCCCACCUGAGGAAAGCUGGGACACAGAUAGAGAACAUUGAGGAGGAGUUCAGGAAUGGCCUCAAACUCAUGCUGCUCCUGGAGGUCAUCUCAGGUGAGAGACUGCCCAAGCCUGACAGAGGCAAGAUGCGCUUCCACAAGAUAGCCAACGUCAACAAAGCUCUGGAGUACAUCACCAGCAAAGGAGUCAAGCUGGUGUCCAUCGGAGCUGAAGAGAUUGUCGACGGCAACGUGAAGAUGACACUGGGAAUGAUCUGGACCAUCAUCCUGCGCUUCGCCAUCCAGGACAUUUCUGUGGAGGAAACAUCUGCCAAGGAGGGUCUUCUUCUGUGGUGCCAGAGAAAGACUGCUCCCUACAGGAACGCUAAUGUUCAGAACUUCCAUUGCAGCUGGAAGGACGGCCUGGCCUUCUGUGCCCUGAUACACAGACACCGCCCCGACCUCAUAGACUACGCCAAGCUCAAUAAGGAUGACCCUCUGGGUAACCUUAACCUAGCCUUCGAAGUUGCUGAGAAGCACCUGGACAUCCCUAAGAUGUUGGACGCUGAAGACAUUGUCAACACCCCCAAGCCAGACGAGCGAGCCAUCAUGACCUAUGUGUCAUGCUUCUACCAUGCCUUUGCUGGGGCAGAGCAGGCGGAGACGGCAGCCAACCGCAUCUGCAAGGUGCUGGGGGUCAACCAAGAGAACGAGAAACUGAUGGAGGAGUACGAGAGGCUGGCCAGUGAGCUGCUGGAGUGGAUCCGCCGGAUGACCCCCUGGCUGGAGAACCGCACCCCGGAGAAGACCAUGGACAUCAUGAGAAGGAAGCUGGAGGACUACCGGGACUACCGCCGCAUGCACAAGCCCCCCAAGGUGCAGGAAAAGUGCCAGCUGGAGAUCAGCUUCAACACCCUGCAGACCAAGCUGCGCAUCAGCAACCGGCCCGCCUUCAUGCCCUCCGAGGGCAAGAUGGUGUCGGACAUCACUAGUACAUGGCAGGGUCUGGAGCAGGCAGAGAAGGGCUAUGAAGAGUGGCUGCUGACUGAAAUCAGGAGGCUGGAGCGCCUGGAGCACCUAGCUGAGAAGUUCAAGCAUAAAGCCACCACGCAUGAGGAAUGGUCUGUGGGUAAGGAGCAUAUCCUGAACUGUAAGGACUUUGAGUCUGCCUCUCUGACGGAGGUGCAUGCUCUGCUGAGGAAGCACGAAGCGUUCGAGAGCGAUCUGGCCGCACACCAGGACCGCGUGGAGCAAAUCGCCGCUAUCGCACAGGAGCUCAAUGAGCUGGACUACCAUGAUGCCUCCUCCAUCAAUGACCGCUGCCAGGGCAUCUGUGACCAGUGGGACAGCCUGGGCACUCUCACCCAGAAGAGGAGAGAGAACCUGGAGAGAACGGAGAAGCUGCUGGAGACCAUCGACCAGCUGUUCCUGGAGUUUGCCAAGAGGUCAGCUCCCUUCAACAACUGGAUGGAGGGAGCAAUGGAAGACCUUCAGGACAUGUUCAUAGUCCACACUGUGGAUGAGAUACAGAAUCUGAUCUCGGCCCACGGCCAGUUCAAGGCCACGCUGCCUGAGGCGGAUUGUGAGCGUCAGGCCAUCCUCAGCAUCUUCAACGAGGUGCAGAAGAUCACCCAGAGCUACAGCCUCUCCCUCAGCCUGGUCAACCCCUACAGCAACAUCACCCCCAUUGAGAUGGGGCAGAAAUGGGAAAAGGUGAAGAAGCUGGUUCCACAGAGGGACAGCUGUCUGCAGGAGGAACUGGCCAGGCAGCAUGCAAACGAGAGGCUCAGACGCCAGUUUGCUGCCCAGGCCAACAACAUCGGACCCUGGGUACAAACCAGGAUGGAGGAGAUCGGUCGUAACUCGAUGGACCUUGGUGGUCCCCUGGAGGAGCAGAUGAACCAGAUGAAGCAGUUUGAACAGGUUAUCAUCAACUACAAGUCCAACAUCGACAAGCUGGAGGGAGAUCACCAGCACAUCCAGGAGUCCCUCGUCUUCGACAACAAGCACACCAACUACACCAUGGAGCACAUCCGUGUGGGCUGGGAGCUGCUCCUCACCACCAUUGCCAGAACCAUCAACGAGAUCGAGACCCAGAUCCUGACCCGCGACGCCAAGGGCAUCAGCCAGCAGCAGAUGAAUGAGUUCCGCUCGUCCUUCACUCACUUUGACAGGAAGAAGAAAGGAGGUAUGGAGACAGAUGACUUCAGAGCUUGCCUCAUUUCCAUGGGCUAUGAUGUGGCUGAGGCUGAGUUUGCCCGGGUCAUGAACCUAGUGGACCCUAACGGCUCGGGGAAGGUGACCUUCCAGGCCUUUGUUGACUUCAUGACCAGAGAGACGUCCGACUCUGACACCUCAGAGCAGGUCGUAGCCUCCUUCAGGAUCCUGGCCACGGACAAGCCCUACAUCCUGUUGGAGGAGCUUCGUAGGGAGCUUCCCCCAGAGCAGGCAGAGUACUGCAUCUCCAGGAUGCCCAUCUACACCGGCCCGGAUGCAGUGCCUGGAGCCCUGGACUACACCGCAUUCUCCACAGCGUUGUACGGAGAGAGUGACCUCUAGUGGUCUCCAGUAGUACUACCCAGAGGUGGAGUUAAAAUAUGAUAAACUUCAGAAAUGAACCACUGUAAAAUGACGUGGUACAGCAUGUUAGCUUCAAAAAUAUUUACAUCCAAGUCCUUGAUUACCAUUUACUCCUCUUUUUUUCUCAACUCCACUCAUGGUCUGACCACUAAUGUAGUUGUCUUGCACACUGUAUCCUGCUUGUUGUAUCCAGACAGAUGCAACGCAUUGAUUUCUGUAGAAGUUUUGUUGUAGUCUGAGAAGCAUUCAUUUGCUAGGUUUUUGAAAGUAUGCUAUUAAUGUGAAAAUACUGUAUGUGCACACAACAUCCUUUUGCACAAUCAAAGUGUAAUAAAGUGAUUUACUUUCAUUGGGGAUCAAAUAAACCAAUGAGCUGCUUGCCAACAACUCAAUUGCUAAAACGUGUUGAUACAAAAAAAGAGAAACAUGAUAAACAUUAUAAACUGUCUGUCCCGGUUGGAGACAAACAAGCAGAAUAAACUGCCUUUGAAACAUUUA